UGUCAUUUAAAUAAACAAUCGAACAUGCGAGUUUUGUUAGAAAUAAUUUCAAAACCUUUUUGGCUGGCGAAAACAAAAGGAUUUAAUACAUAUGCAAGAAAAUUUGCCUUAUCAACGAAGUCAAUUGAAUACAAAUCACUAAAAAUACUUUUUUUUGGGACGGAUAAAUUCUCGCUUGCCUCUUUAAAAUCACUUGAAGAAUGGAAGAACACUAGCAGAAAUAUCGGAACUCUGGACGUAGUAACAUCUUUUCGUGCUCUAAAUAAUCCAGUAAAAGAAUUUGCAAAAGAAAAAGGACUUAAGCUGUUUAGCUUUAAAGAGAUCAAAAAUCAAGAUUCUCUUGACUACCAUUUAGGUCUUGUAGUCAGCUUUGGACAUAUGAUACCAGAGAAACUGAUUAGCAAGUUUCCAUUAGGAAUGUUAAAUGUACAUGGUUCACUGCUUCCUAAAUAUCGUGGAGCAGCUCCAAUAAUGCAUGCCAUUCGAAAUGGAGACAAAAGUACGGGUGUCUCAAUCAUGCGAAUUGCUCCGAAACACUUUGACAUUGGCGAAAUAUUACUGCAAAGGGAGUUUCCUCUCAGUGAGACUGAUCUAAUGCCUAAAAUACACGAUGAUCUAGCAUCAGAAGGCGCAAAGCUAUUGAUUGAAUGCAUGAAUAAUCUUUCAGAAUGUCUACGUAAUGCCAAAAUCCAGAAUGAAAAGGAGGCUUCAUACGCACCGAAAAUUGACGAAACAUUUACACAAGUAAAAUGGGAUACAAUGACUGCAAAAGAUGUGUAUAACUUAUAUAGGUCAGUUUAUUCGUUUAAAUUUAUUACAACAUAUUGGAGAGAUGAGUUGAUCAAGCUGAAAGAAAUUUCUCUCGAUGUAACACCCCAAACGGAACAAAAUAAACCAGGAUUUAUAAAGUACUCUUACAAAUCAAAAUGCUUGAAAGUUUUUUGUGCAGAUGGUAAUGCCGUAAAUGUUUACAUCUUAGGAAACAAUAGAAAAAACAAAAUGAGUGCAGCUGAUUUUAACAAUGGGUUCUUAAGUAAACGACCAGAAUCAGAGAGGGUAUUUACAUAGAAAAAAAAACAAAUGUUUUUUAUUUGAUCAUAUAAUAAAUUGUGGUAAUAUUUAUUACUGGAACUCUUUCAGAUACUUAAAUUUAGUUUCUUAGAUUUAUAGCUUUACGUUAUUUUACUCACAUUGUUUCAUCUUAU